AGUGCGGGAAAAUUCACCCGUGGGUGCUCGUGACUCGUUUAACGGCACAACGGCGCGUCGGCUUGCAUUUUCACUUGUAAUUUCGUCCUCACGUAGGAUUUGCCACUCACUCCAUUUUUUCAUUUCCAAAUGGGAAAGGCGAAAUAGCUGCCUGGUGAAACUUCGACCGUUGACCAAUCUGAGAAAAAAAAACAAUGAAGCAUUACCAGACGCAGCAAUUACCCUCGCAGGUCCUGCAAAAUUUUCUGAGGAGCUGACAAGAUGAUAAAAUGUGUAAGGGGAAGAAGGCAAAGGAGGGGCCUUCUUUUCUGGUGUCAUAGGAGGAGCGUGUUUGUGCCAAGCGAGAGGGAUGUCGCAAAAUUAUCAGCGAAGAGCCUAGGCAACUACGCAUUCGACAUUUUAAGAAUAUCGAACGAAAAUAAAGCCAUGUACGAAAUGUUCAAAAAAAGAAUAAUCGGUGAAAUAGGCUCAUUUGACGCAAAGGACUGUUAUAGGGUGUUAAAAUCUUUGGAAAUGAAUAACAAACUGAAUGAAGAAGAGGAGAUGGUAAGAAACGUCUUGCAUCAGAUAUCCGUACAGACAUGCAAAUAUUCAAUCAAAGAGAUAUGUGACAUUUCUUUUUUAUGUUCCAAGUUAAAUUUGGUGUACAUUCCCCUGUACGCAUCAUUAUCCAUUUCGUUUUUGAACAAAAUAAACUUGGCAACUCCUGAAAACUUAUCCAUUUUAAGUUUAAGUUUUUGCAAAGUACAAAUAAGAGACGUCAAUCUAUUUAACCGAAUAGCCAUUGCAACGUUGAAUGUGCUCCACAUGUUUGACGUGGAGAGUUUGGUCAACGUGUUGAUUUCGCUUGCCUACUUGGACAUCAAAAAGGAUAUGCUGUUAUACUCCUCUGUUGACAUUUUUGUAAAAAAUCAAAACAAGUUGAACGGUGAUCAGCUCGUAAAAAUUGCACACGUGUAUUCCAAAUUCGACUUUGUAAAUAAGGAAAUAAACUCCCUACUUGUGGAGAAAAUUCCCGCGUUCGUUCCGCACUUAAACAAUGUGCAGCUGGCCGAGUUAGCGAUUUCGUUAAACAGGCUAGGAGUUCACUCGCACGUUACUGGUAAGUUUGUUACCUGUGUGAACUUGUCCCACUUGGCAUUCCCCGUCGCCGUCAAGGUGAUCAACAUACUGUCCACCGUAAACCGAGUGCGAAGCGUAAGCAGCGUGCACAGCGUAAACCACUCGCACAGCGUGCAGCGCGUCAACGUCGAGUUUAAGUACGACCAAAUUUUGUCCUGUGUGCAAAAUUUUUUGUUCGUUCAUGGGAGGGGAAAUCACCUGAACGGCAAGGUAAAUUUGGACACUUUGCGAGAUUUGGAAAAAUCUCCCCAUUUAGCGAGCGACGGGAGGAGCGGCGGAAGGAGCGGCGGCACGAUAGACAGCACGAGUAACGGAAGGAAUGUUUUGCCUACCGAGGUGGUCAGUAACAACGUGGGCGAACAACACACUGAGGGGGGCGGCCCACUGGCGGAGGACGAAUGGGGGGAGCCAUUUCGGCUAGGCCACCUUGCGAGUGAGUACAGCCCCAUUCAUGAUAUGCAGAGCAGUUCCCAGUUUUACUUCCCCCUUUUGGAGGGCACUUUAAAAAAAACGAAUUCAUGCGGAAGCGAAAUGAAGAGCCGCGUUUUUUCUGAAGAAGAACUAACCCAGCACUAUUUGCAUUACAAUUUGAGGCAAAAAAUAAAUCCCAAUUCGGUGUGCCAGUUGAAUGUAGACCUAUUUGAAUGUCUGGUGAAUUUUCUUCUGCAAAAUUGUGUAAGCGAGUAUGAAGACAAAUUUAAAUCUUUCUUAAAUUGCAUAAGUCGGGAAAUUAUUCUUUCAAAGGAGUACUUAAAUUUCAAUUGCCUAAUAAAAAUUUUUUCCGCCUUAUUUAAAACGCCAAUCAUAUGGAACUUGUCACUUUUAAAUUUAAGUUCCGUCAAUUCUGCCAAGUGGAGAAAGAAGUGCCUCUUUUAUAUUAACGAGGAUACCGAUUUUUAUGAACAAUUAGUGAAGCGCUAUUUUGGUAUUUUCCACGCAUCUGAAAAUGCGGAUAACCACAGCUUGGUGCUGUGCUUUGUUGUGAAUCUGUUGAAUGCUGAGUUGAAGCAUGCGCACAGCUCGUCAAUCGAAAAAUGUUUAGAGCAUUACGCGUUGGUACGGAGGAAGGGUAAAGACGAAAAGGUGGGCUACCCCAUAGAGGACCAAAGUGUGUAUACUUUUGUGGAGUACUUUUAUAAGGACAUCACCCUGUGGGGGAAAAGCAGGCAUCGAUUCGGUGCAACUGCGGAGGAAGAAGCGGCUCCACCAGAGGAAAACUCACCCGUGGUGUAUACCUUCCCCUACGCCAUGAAGGACAGCAUACCAAAUAAAAUUCUAACUUUAGAAUUAUUUGGAAUUGUUCAAAAAUUUACGAAAAAUGUGAAGAUGUAUUUUAAGGAGGAUGCCUACACAAUAUCGCUGUUCGAAUUUGAUAACUACGUGGCUUACUUGUUUUUGGAGCCUCGGGAUUUUUUCUACUCCCCGGGGCAAGGCACCGAGUGGGACCUCUUGAGGGAAGUGAGUGUGCGGAAUGAACCUAUGGAAGAGGAGCAUAAAUCCGCUGGAUCUUCUGAUGUGAGAAACGCAGGUGGGUUGUCAAAAACGCAGGCAAAGGGAAGUAUCCCCCCAAAUCGAAAUCCCCAGACAGAAAAAAAACAGCUGCUUCUAAUUUGCGACAUUUCGUACGACCCAUAUGAAGUUUUUCAGAACAAAAACUAUUUCGUUAAGUCGGAGACAUUAGUAAAAAUAAAUUACUUGCUGAUUAAGGGGUACAGCAUAAUCGCCAUUCCGUUUUAUUCCUGGAGGUGCAUGAGUUACGAGGAGAAGAUGGGCUCCAUUAGCGCGCUUCGGCAGAGCGUCCUGGACGGGCAGGGUUGA